AUGCUCUCCGCGUCUUGGAAAGCCACGACGGACGGAAUCAUCCAGAACUGUUUCCGGAAAGCUAGGUUUGAAACACCUCCAGCAUCAACAGCCAGUGCUCUCGGGGAAGGAUGCGGAAGUGCUCCCACAAGCACUCGGGAAGUGCUCGACGCAAUGGAUGUACUGAGGAGGUACACGGCGUCGCAUGGGCAGCAAGAUGCCGUGCAAGCGCUCUGGGCGCUCGAACGCUGUAUGACGCCGCGGCUACUGUCGAACAAGGCGCGAGCAAAACUCACGGACUACUUUGCCCCUAAAUAAAUGUCAUUUUCGGUGAGUUUUCAUACCCGUACAAUGUUUCGGA